AUGGGGCCCAGGGAAGUGAGCCACAAACAGUCUUGGUUUGCAGGAGGCGGGUUGUUCAUUGCGCAAUUCCUGACAGCUGCGAAUUCCGCGCCGAUUUUCUGGUAUGGCGGUAGACUUCUGUACCGGGGAGAGAUCGAGUACAAGCAUGUAUUUCAGACAUUCUUCAUCUUGGUCUCCACGGGUCGAAUAAUAGCCGAGACAGGAAGCAUGACGGCGGACUUAUCAAAAGGCACAAAUGCACUAAAGGCCAUCUCGGCGAUAUUGAAUAGGAAGAGCAAAAUGGACCCUGAUAAAUCAGACAACUUCAGCUCGGAGAAGGUUAGAGGAGAUGUAGAAUUUAAGCAGGUGGAUUUCUUCUAUCCAACAAGACCCCAGCACUUGAUUCUAAAGGACAUGAACCUCCACAUUGGUGCCGGGAAGAUUGUUGCCUUGGUUGGCAAAAGUGGAUCAGGAAAAUCCACCAUCGUAAGGCUAAUUGAGAGAUUCUAUGACCCAACACAUGGGACUGUUGAAGUUGAUGGAAUAGAUAUCAGGAGUUACAACCUUAGAGGAUUAAGGUCGCAUAUCGCGUUGGUGAGCCAAGAGCUGACUAUCUUAGCAGCAACAAUCCGCGAGAAUAUCAGGUACGGGAGAGAAAAUGCGACUGAUUCUGAAGUAAUUGCAGCAGCCACUCUUGCAAAUGCCCAUGAGUUCGUGAGUUCAAUGGAGGACGGAUACUCGACGUAUUGUGGAGAGCGAGGGGUGCAACUCUCUGGGGGACAAAGGCAGAGGUUAGCAAUCGCGAGAGCAAUCUUGAAAGACUCGACCAUACUACUCUUGGAUGAGGCGACGAGUGCGUUGGACAGCGAAUCGGAGAGACUAAUCCAGGAAGCACUGGAGAAAACCAUGAUGGGCAGGACCUGUGUGGUCGUGGCACACCGCCUAUCCACAAUCCAAAGGUCAGAUAAAAUAACAGUACUCGACAAGGGGAGGAUUGUCGAGGAGGGGUCUCACUCGGAGCUACUUGCAGAAGGAGAAAAUGGGCUCUACUUUUCUCUUGUCAAAGUUCAACAGCUAGCUGCAGCGGCAUGAGUUGGGUCUUCCCAAAUCAAGAAAAAGAACAGUUCAAACUGAAAGAUCCUGCCCCUAUAAGACGCAAAAUAUGU